GGUUCCCGGCAACCCGCCUGGCCUGGGACGCGGCUCAACUGUGAGCGGCCGUCCCGGAAAUGACGCGCUGCCCCGCUGGCCAAGCGGAAGUGGAGAUGGCUGAGCUGUACGUGAAGCCGGGCAACAAGGAGCGCGGCUGGAACGACCCGCCGCAGUUCUCAUACGGGCUGCAGACCCAGGCCAGCGGACACAGGCGCUCGCUGCUCACCAAGAGGGUCGCCGCACCCCAGGAUGGAUCCCCCAGAGUUCCCGCAUCAGAGACUUCUCCUGGGCCUCCCCCAAUGGGGCCUCCACCUCCUUCAAGUAAGGCUCCCAGGUCCCCACCUGUGGGGAGUGGUCCUGCCUCUGGUAUGGAGCCCACAAGUUUCCCAGUCGAGUCUGAGGCUCUGAUGGAGGAUGUGCUGAGACCUUUGGAACAGGCAUUGGAAGACUGCCGUGGCCACACAAGGAAGCAGGUAUGUGAUGACAUCAGCCGACGCCUGGCACUGCUGCAGGAACAGUGGGCUGGAGGAAAGUUGUCAAUACCUGUAAAGAAGAGAAUGGCUGUACUGGUGCAAGAGCUUUCAAGCCAUCGGUGGGACGCAGCAGAUGACAUCCACCGCUCACUCAUGGUUGACUAUGUGACUGAGGUCAGUCAGUGGAUGGUAGGAGUUAAAAGAUUAAUUGCAGAAAAGAGGAGUCUGUUUUCAGAGGAGGCAGCCAAUGAAGAGAAAUCUGCAGCCACAGCUGAGAACCACACCAUACCAGGCUUCCAGCAGGCUCCAUAAUCCUCGGUUCCGCAGACUCACCGGACACCAUCUCCUAUGCCUUGGAGGCCUUCUCUCACUUGGCUCCCUUCUUACCACCAACAAGACUGUCCCACUGGGCCUGACCCACCUAUAAGGGAAGAGGUCCCACCUGGGCCAGAGGGAGUUCAUGUGUUACUCGUAACAUGCAUUUCAAUAAAAACAUCUCUGUGGUGGGCCUUGGGUAGGAGAGAUGAACCCUUCCUGUGCCAAGCUAGUCCCCUCUGGUGUCC